AUGAUUUCGCCAAACUUUCUCGCCCGCGUCUUUCGGGUCGCCCUGCGACAUCAAGAAUCAGUCGCACCAGCACCAGCGUCGCUCCCAAGCAAAGAAGCAACCCAGCAUUAUAUGAGAGGGCCUCACUACUUUAUCCGAGCUCUCCUAGAGUCCCCGGGAGUCCAUCCCUCAAGCUGCGAAGUCGACGGCAACCGGCAUAAUCGUGAACGUCUCCCUAUACUUCCUACAGACCACACCUCGUUGUACUCGUCUAUGGUCGAUCCUCAAACCCCAGUUCCGGACACACAAGCUCAAAGUCCAUCCUUCGCAAGAUUGCCUCCUGAAGUCAGACAGCUGAUACACCAGCAGCUUUUCGGAGGCCGCCGCAUUCACCUUGACCUUGACUAUGUAUCGCAGCAAGCACAGUGGCUCUGGUGGCUUCGAGCUUUAGUGACAAACAGGGCUGAAGCGAAGGUUGGUGGGAUUGGAUGGCUCAGGUGUUGCAAACAGGCAUACGAGGAGUCCCUCGCUGUGUUGUAUAGCACGAACACAUUUGUCCUUGACCAUGGGAUCGACCAGAUAUUUCGGGUGUCGCGCGCGAUACCGCAGGACCCCCUAGCGAUUUCGACAUCGCUAGUUGUUGAGAUUGAUCUCUAUCGGAUCUCGAGGUCAUUUCCUAGCAUGAGCACCGAGUUUGCCGAAUAUUAUCGUGAGUUCUUUUUUAUACUCGAAGAGAUGAUGUCCGGUCUGCGAAGUCUAUCGAUAUGGAUUGCAGGAUUGCCACGCUCCCCAGCUCUGAUUGAGUGGUCUAUUGAGGACGAGGAUAUGUGGAUAGGACCGUGGGAAAGCCUGGCGAGGAGCAGGUGGUGGUCAAAACUGCAGAUCCGUGUUCCGGCCGGCUGGUAUGAUGAUCUUGAGGCAGUGAUUGGUCGUAGGAACCAGCUGGGCGAUAAUGCGAGGUUCUCGCUGAGAAAGAGAGAAGAGCCAUUCCGAAGGGAUUGGUGA